UAUUUUGUUCGUUUUCCUAAAAUUGAAUUGUAUUGUGUAUCCAUUUUGUUUCAGGAACCCAUUGGACGACAGAAAUUAUGAAGAAUAUUGUUUGUGGGGGAGACCUGCAAAAGGUUAAGGAAUAUGAUCAUACUCCUCAUUUAGAAUUCUUCAAUUUUUUUCAAAAAAUGUGACAGCUUCCCGACAGAUAAGCCGAGUCAUGAUGACUCAUGUUCCCGUGGAUAUCCUACCAAAAGAAGUGUUUGAGGGUAAAGGAAAGGUUGUGUACGUUGGGCGAAAUCCAAAAGAUACGGCAGUUUCCUUAUGGCAUUUUAUAAAAGAGCGACGAUUCCUGGAGGAGUAUGAGAAAUGGGAUAACUUUCUAGCAGCAUAUUUAAAACCUGACAUGAUGUAUGGAUCUUGGUUUGAUCACAACUUGAAAUACUAUGAACACCGUGAUGCGAAGAAUUUCUUGUUCCUAACUUACGAAGAAAUGAAGCUCGAUCAUAAAGGAUGUGUUAUUCAGCUUUGUGAUUUCGUUUCUCGUCGCCUGACGGAUGAACAAGUUGACCUAAUUGUGAAUAAUACAACAUUUUCCAACAUGAAAUCGAAAUUUACUGAUAAGUUACCGGUCGGCAUUAAACAGCUUGGAAACCUUCCUAAAGUAGCCGCCAGAGGUGAUCCAAAUCAGAAGUUUACCAUUUUGAGAAAAGGUGUUGUCGGUGAUUGGAAGACACAGUUUACCGUUGCUCAAAAUGAGAUAUUCGACGAAAUUUACAACGAGAAGAUGAAAGGAUCUUCUUUGAGGAGACGAAUACUAUUUUAACUUUAUUCUUGAGUUGUCGUGAAACCUGGUCAUUUUAUAUCAAUUCAUUUACUACAAUGCUAAUGCAUAAUUAAUAAUUGCUACUAUAGGUUGCCAAAAUAAUUGCGAUAAUUCUUUUAUUGGCCUUCUCACCAAUAUUUAGUCUAAAUGAUAUCGAUGACAUUACGUGAUACAGUUUAUAUAUCGUAUAUUGUAUAAAUAUAUCCUGCUGUUAUUUUGUUUAAAUUGUAGGUAAAGGAAUGAGGGCUUCUGUUAUGAGUCUAUGGGGCUUACAUGGGGACUCUAAAUUGUUCACUUAAUAGUUUUAGCACGUAGUCAUACUAUGAUGGAAUUGAUUCUUUUCUCUUUUUGUAUUAAUUGACCUAAAAACGAACUGAUAUACACAAUUAAUUAUAACAAUUAUUUGCAAUGUAAAUAUGAUACAACUAUAACAUGGAUUUUUUUUUCAUCUCAUUUCUAUAGGCACGUGCGCCAUGGAUAUGCCAAUCAGUGAACUUAAUCAGUAUCCUACGUGGCAUAUCCAUUAAACGACAGGGGACUGAAUGGACUAGUACACCGGAGUAACCACUACUCUUCUCCAAGAGUGUACGGUUCUUUAUAGUAUAGUAUAGUCUAGUCUUUAUGGGCCUACGGUUUAAAGUCCUUAACCAUGAAGACUUGUUCCACCACCGGAACUAUUUGCCUGUGCCUCUCCGACUUCCAUGUGUAGUGAGUUUUAUUGACACUGCUUGAUGAUCUGUUAAGAUGGCUGGUGUAAUAUCAUAUGAUAGCAUUUCAUCAAAAUUAACAGCAUUUUUAGUAACCAUCCAGUAAUCUAAACGCCUAUAUAGGUGCUUUGAUUUUCUUCUCCGUGUGAAUUGUAUUUUGUUUGCAUCAAAAUGUCUCCAACACUCUCCAUAACUCAUACAAAAGUGCAAGUGCACCUCCUAGUUCCACAGAAAAAAAAUUCAUUAAGCCUAUGUUUGACUGUUAGCGUACGCAAAAUCAAUAUUGACUAGCGUGUGAAGUGUUUAUAAGGGAAAUCGAUUCACCAUUGCUCUCCCUCUCUCUGUCUGAUGAGACGUUAAACCCCUACACUUUUCUACAAAGAGCAGGGGUUGCCCAUGCCCUGGUUGUACUGCCAAAUACGUCAUCAAAAGAUCUCCCCAUUGUAACACUGUCUAGCUAUCAAAUUUUAUUUCACAAAAAGCUGUUGUA